AUCCCACCAAUGACAAACUCACAUCCACACACCACAGAAAAUGGAGUCAACACUACCUAUGACUUUUCUCCUCCUCCUCUCCCUUCUCCUCCAUCACCCACCACCCAUCUCCGCCGCCACAUCACCCCCUAUCCUCCCCGAAGAAUCUCUCCCCACCAAAUCCGGCUACCUCAAAAUCAGCCCCACCGCCAAGUCAGCCAUCUUCUACACUUUCUACGAAGCCCAACAACCCAACUCAUCUCUCUCCAAAACCCCACUCCUCAUCUGGCUCCAAGGCGGCCCAGGUUGCUCCUCCAUGCUGGGCAACUUCUACGAGCUCGGCCCGUGGCGCGUUUCUCGUAGGCAAGGAAACGUCCAGCGGGUCGCGCUGGAACGCAAUUCCGGUUCUUGGAACCGGAUAUUCGGUCUCCUUUUCUUGGAUAAUCCGAUCGGAGCUGGGUUUAGCAUUGCUGAAACUCCGGAAGAAAUCCCGAGAGAUCAACUCGGUGUUGCUGAGCAUCUUUUCGCCGCGGUCACGUCGUUCGUUGGGUUAGACCCGUCGUUUAAAACUCGACCGAUUUACUUUACUGGUGAGAGUUAUGCUGGAAAGUAUGUGCCGGCAAUUGGGUACUAUAUUUUGAAGAAGAAUGCCCAGUUGCCCCCAUCAAAACAGGUAAAUUUGGCAGGUGUUGCGAUCGGGAAUGGACUGACUGAUCCAUCAACACAAGUAGCUACUCAUGCCCUGAACGCUUAUUAUUCUGGAUUCAUAAAUGACAAACAGAGAAACCAGUUGGAAGAACUUCAAAAUGAGGCAGUUGCACGGACAGAGAAAGGAAAUUGGAGCGCAGCAACCGAUGCAAGAAACGGGGUCUUGCGUACGUUGCGAAACAUGACUGGACUAGCCACACUGUACGAUUUCAGAAGGCUAAUUCCCUAUGAAACUGACAUGGUGACCGAGCUUUUGAGCCAUCCAGGGGUGAAAAGGUUGUUGGGAGUGAACGAAUCGAUGGUUUACGAGGAAUGCAGCGAUGUGGUGGGCGCCGCGUUGCACGAGGAUGUGAUGAAGAGUGUUAAGUACAUGGUGGAGUUUCUGGUGAAGGAGAGUAAGGUUUUGCUUUACCAGGGGCACUGCGAUUUGAGAGAUGGUGUGGUGUCGACAGAGGCGUGGGUGAAGAAGAUGGAGUGGGAGGGGAUCGAUAAGUUUAUGGAGGCGGAGAGGAAGGUUUGGAGAGUGAAUGGUGGGCUUGCUGGGUAUGUGCAGAAAUGGGGGAGUUUGAGCCAUGCUGUAGUGUUAGGGGCUGGACAUCUUGUGCCUACUGAUCAGGCUUUGAAUUCUCAGGCUAUGAUUGAGGAUUGGGUUUUGGAGAGGGGAGUGUUUGCCAAUGAGCAGGUUAAGGAUGCUUCUUUGGAUUUCCAAGGGGUGAUCUGAAAUUUGUGGUCUUCUUUGUUUUAAUUGGUGUUUUUGUGAUUGUUGUUGUAUGAAAUAAUUGCCAAUUCAAAUUUAAGGACUUUGCAAAGUCUUCGGAUGAA